UUGAGUGAAGACGCUUGUUUCACUGAAGAGGACAAGAGUAGCCAGGGUGACUGACCAGAAUAGGUAGAAAGGGCCAGGAGAGGCAGGAAAAAGGGAUAUUGUACAUUGUCAGAGUAUCUAAGGGACUGUCUCUCUCUGACUUGAAGGGGGUCUGGCAAUGUUAAAAUACUGGUACACAUAACAGCAGAAACAGCAGAGUUCUAAUAAAGACUCUCAAGCAGUAUACUUUUUGGUCUGAGGAUAGAAGGAGAAAUAGAAUAGACAGAAAAGAGAGGGAUAGAGAAAAAGAAAGAGAAAGGGAGGGGCAUUUUUGCAUUAGAAGGUGCCUGGUUUCCUUACAGUUGCAUUUGAAGGGUAGAGGAGGAAUCCAUCAUCUAAGAUCAUCUCAACAGGACCACGCAUCUCCAUUGCUCUUAAUCGCUUUAUCGAUUCGGCAGUCCAUUGCAGGGAUAAAGGAGGACCCUGUUGCGAUGAAGAGACCUCACGAUUACAGUUCCCCAGACUCGGACACAGAUGAACUGAUCGAUGUCGGACAGGAGGACAGCUACUGCCCUGUCACUGGGUCCAUGUCUCCAGGCAGUACCUCACAGAUCCUGGCUCGCAAAAAGAGAAGAGGGAUAAUUGAGAAGAGACGCAGGGACAGAAUCAACCACAGUCUGUCAGAGCUGAGGAGACUUGUACCCAGUGCCUUCGAGAAACAGGGCUCGUCUAAAUUGGAAAAGGCUGAGAUUCUUCAAAUGACAGUGGAUCAUCUGAAACUUUUGCAUGCCAUGGGUGGCAAAGGCUACUUUGACGCUCGUGCUCUGGCGGUGGAUUACAGGACACUGGGUUUCCGAGAGUGUGUGGGAGAGGUGGUGAGAUACCUCAGCUCUCUGGAGGGGGUUGAAUCCUCAGACCCCAUCAGCGUUCGCCUCGUGUCCCACCUCAGCCACUGCGCAAGUGAGUUGGACCCUCUUCUCCAGAGCCCCGCCGCUAUGUCUUUUCCUCCCUGGCCUUGGCCAUCCUUACCUCCAGCCUCCUCUGCCCCCUUCCACCCAACCUCUUGCCAGGAUUUGGCCCCCCAUACCACCGCUGCCCUGCUGGGCUACCCUUCACCAGCCCUACGAGUGGGAUCUCUGAACACCCAGGGGGCGAUCUUGAGUCCAGGGCUGACCCCAGUGCGUCGAGUGCCAUCUAUCCCCAGCCAUCCUCAUAGAUUUCAACAGCAUUCAACAGAUGGACCCACAAUCCCAUCACGUCUCCAUUCUGUUCCACCACCCUCAUCAUCUUGCUCUUCCUCCUCCUCUUCAGCUGCCCAUCCCCAGGUUUCCUUCAGACCCUUUGCCCCUCUGGGGUCUCCAGCCUCAGCUCGCAGGGGUUUGGGUACCUCCAGUAAGUCCGCACAGGCCUGGGGCACAGAAAUAGGGGCAUUCUGAUGCCUCUUAAUAGAACAGCUUGGAGUUUAUCACAGACCAUAAGGAAAAAUACACCUCUUGAUAAAUUGGACCUACUUUUGACUAUUACUUCCUGUGUUUAAAUUAGGACCUAUUCAUGACUAUUAUCACACAUGUUUAAAAGGAACUACAAAGCAUUGGACAUUAGGAAACACAGUGCUGUUCUGUAAACUUCAAAUUAAAUUGUUUAUUCAGUUCCAUCUACAAUUCUCCUGGAUGAGAUUAAAGCUGAAGUGUGUAAUUUCUGUGUCACAAGCAUCACUAAAUAGAGUUGCAAAAAUAAUGAUUUCAAAAAGGUUUGCCAAACUCUCAAACUGAUAGACUCACCACAACACUCAUUGGUUGAGCAAAUAGCCACGUUUCCACUAUCAGGCCAAAUGAGGGCAUGCUAGUGCGUGCCAGGGCCAGUUGCUUUCCCACUGUCACUUCCGGGGCUUUAUCGUGCCUCCUGAGGACUUUCUUGGGCCAAAGAAGGCCAACUGGGGAUUGGGUCAAUGUCAAAGGCGGAGUAUAGCUGAGCCGGGUCAGAGGUUUUGGCACAUAAUCAUUCACAAUCUUCAUAGCUACCAGCUUACCUCAAUAGAUCAAUGGAGAAUUGUCAGUACUGGUCAGUAGACAAAAUAAGGGCUCUUCUGAAUGUUUGGGCUGAUGAAAAUGUGCAAAGUCAGAUCGACAGCAUCUGUCUAAAUGAAGACUUGAUUAAGUAUAUUGUUACUGAACUUGCCAAGUUGUGUAUCCAGCACACGAUAGUACAGAUUUGGGAAAAAAUAAAAAAUAUUGUGGUCACAGUACAAAUCCGUGUUCAUUUCAAGGGCUAGCUUGUUUCCAGAGUCUGAUACCUCCGCUUGAGUUUCCCUCUUGCUUGUGAAAUGGGUGAGGUGUGUGAGGUUGACACCAGGGUGACGUAUUAAGGGCGGUUUUAUGGCAUUGCUGCAGGCUAUUUGCCCAAUGGUAGGAAUUUAGAUCGAUUUUGGUCUUGUGGCUCGAGGUCCGAUGCCAUUGGCCCCGGCUGACCAGUUUUUUGCCCUGGCUCGCACUGGCACGAUAGCAGAAAAGCGGCUAAUGUUGCGGUGUCUUGCUGGCCGGGAUGCUCAAAUAAACAGAGUAAUUUUGUUUAAAAGUGCCACAGUGUUUUUACUUUUCAGGGAAAUCAGUCUUCGUAUUAAGCUGGGACAGGCAAAAGUAGUUAAACAUUGAAAAAAUUCACACUUCAGCUUUAAGGUACUGUUUAAAGCGAUUUCAAUGCUUUGAUGUCCAAAUACUGGAACUUUCUAGAACUCUCAUCUUUUAUCUUUUUUAUAUAUUAGUUUAUUUGUUUACUCAGUUCUUAUAUGUUAAAUUCACAUGGAUUGUGACAAACAUAAUAGAUCAUACAUUUGACAUGGGAAUUCUUGAGAAGAUUACAUAAAGAGAAAUGUGCUUUAUCAAAACUGUGUUUCUCUUGUGCUAUAAUAAAAAUACCGUAUGCU